AUAAAAGUUUGCCCUUUGUUUUAAUAUCUCCCCAACUGUUAUUUAUGCAGACGAUGGGAAAUCUGCCGACUGAAACUCAAGAAUCUAAACUUAUCCGGCCUCAACCAGGUAUCUGUGUGAAGACAUCCUCUGAGCCAGGAAAGGAGAAAGUUUUCAUAAAUAUCUGCCAGUCAAACUCUGUCCCAUGCCCGCCCGAACUCUCCAGAGAGGAACUUGUACAGCUGCUCCAAUCAGAGGAUCCCAGCGGCUACAGAGUUCCUAUGAGCCUCGGGGAGCCGCACACAGAAGUUGACAACAACUCUCAGGGAUGCACAGCUUAUGAUGUCGUUGUCAACCACAACUUCUUCCAGAAGUGUCAGAAGGAUCCUUUGUUCCAGCAGUUUGUUAUCCUGGUUUGUGCGGAGGGAUUGGAAAAUAAGUACAGUCUAGAACUCAACAGAGACUGGAAAGUUCUAAAAAACAGGAAAUUUCUUGGAUCUCUCAGUGAGCAGAACAUCCGGACAAAGAGCAGGCCGGUGAUCCAAGAACUGUUGCCACAGAAAGACUCUACAGCAUGUGCUAAAAGACCAGAAUUCUCACUGUUUGUGGAACCUCCCACUGGAACCCCAGAGUACCUCAUCGCAGAGAUAAAACUCCCUGGAGUGUCAUCAUCACGCUCUCUGGUUCUUGAUAUUGGAGAGGACCGGCUGGUGCUAACAGCUCGGCCAUCGCUCUACAACCUCGACAUCUUCCACCCUUUCUUCAUUGACCAGGAAAAUAGUGUGGCGCAGUACAAUAACAGCACUCAGAUUCUCACCGUCACUAUGCCUGUGGUCUCACCAGCUUCAUGAAGCUACUGAAGAACCUAUUUGUUUUUGUCAUAAAUUUGAGAAAUAAACUUGCUGUUGUUAAAAUCUU